CUUCCGGUAUUUACUUCCGGUUUAAAGAUUGACAAUUUUUGUGCACUGUUUAUAUUAUGAUCCGAAAAUGAGUGACACUAGUCCUGUUAAAAAGAAGGAUGAUAAAGGUGAAGUUACGGCUUCGGUGGCCUCAAAUUCCAAUGACUGUUCUCCUGGUAAAAGAACACAUUUAGAUUCAGAUAAUGAAGAUCAAGAUAAAUCUGAUCAAGAUUCUUCACCUUCGAAAUCAUCAGUUGGUGACACGCCAGAAAAGCACAAACCAUCGUCCGAUGGAUGCAGAACACCAUCUGAUUCACCACCAAACAAGAAAAAGAAAAGUGAAGAGGAAGAAGAGAAUACUCAUGCAAAGCUGAAAAAGGAAAAACAAGAAGAAGAGCGCUUAAAAAUGCAAGUACUGGUAUCUAACUUUUCAGAAGAGCAGCUCAACCGGUAUGAAACCUACAGAAGGUCAGCGUUUCCGAAAGCAGCAAUAAAAAGACUGAUGCAGAGCAUCACAGGAUCGUCUGUGUCUCAAAACGUGGUGAUCGCUAUGUCGGGAAUUUCCAAGGUGUUUGUCGGUGAGGUGGUGGAAUCAGCGCUGGACGUGCUGGAGGAGUGGGGAGACACUGGACCCCUGCAGCCCAAACACAUCCGAGAAGCAGUGCGCAGACUGAAGCACAUGGCUCUUAUACAGACAAGCAAGUCCAAGAAGGUUCUGUUCCAAUAGCUUCCUCGUGAAGGGAAAUAACUGUCUCGAGACCCCAGACAUCUACCAGCAGAACAGACUCUUUCAAAGUGGAACAAAGGAAUGUGUGUCUAUCAAAGUCCUAGAACAGUGUUCAUCGGUCUGUUAGGUACAGCAUGUGGUUCCUGUCAUAGCUGGCAUAGAGAAUGGGAGAUACUUUCCAGGUCGGCAUCCAUAGAGAUCGAGAGAAGAUAAUUUGUCGUUAUAUGAACAGACCUAGACGUUUAAGGGGAGAUGUUAGUCUUGCUCCCCUAUCACUCCCCUGAAAUCUGACCAGUCAGAGCAAUUUUUAGCUCCCCUCACUAUGUGAAUAUAUAUAUAUAUAUUUUAUAGUUCCCAAUAAUCUAAGAUAAGCAAUUAAUCACACCACUCAAUUCUUUUCAUGUUGAGGUGUAUUGAGCUAUUCACAUCAGCAGCAAGAAGUGUUUUAAUUGCACAACUCAGACAUGGGAUAUCACAUACCAUAGCCUUUGUUGUGUUUAAAUUGGAAUAAAAACAAACUGAAAAAAAAAUGUGUAUGGAUCGGUGUAUAAGCUCAAUAAAACUCUUCAGUUUGGAGCAAAAGGGAGAUAACUCUUGUGACAGAUCAGGAUGUUUGCCAGUAGCACGGUCCUGUCAUUUCAAAAUAUUUUUGUACUUAUAUCCAAUUGAGGUUCAAGCAUGCUGUCCUGGGCACACCUCAUCUAUUUUGGCUGUCUGUCCAGGACAGUGAGUUAGUUGUUAGUGAGAGAGAAGUCUGUGAGUUGUUUCUAAAACUCGCUCUGGGUGGGAGGUGGUACGGAGCUGCAAACCCAAUACUUACCAGCCGUAUGUCCGAUGGCGUAACCACACCACCACCGAGGCUGGUGUAGCAAGGUUCAAACAAUUUACUCUAAAGUGAAAACAAAUGAAUAUUCAUUCACUUGAACGAGAACAAAUGUGAUAUAACACAAGGGCUUUUACAUGUAGCCAUGUACAGGCAAUGUACCAUAUUCCAAAUGGAAGGCGACUGGAAUAACUGGUUAGUUAAGUUCAAGAUAUUUAAAAAAAAAAAAAAAAGGAAUUUGUUAACUGGAAUUCAUACAGAAUUAACUGUUACAGUGGCUUUUACCAACAGCCCGGCUCUGUAUUUAUCAAUGUACGAGACUUAUUUACAUAAUUCAAGUACCAUAUGUUGACUUAAGUAAAUGUUUGAAAAUGGAGCUAAAGUAAACAGAAGAACUGGUGACAAAAAACAAAACAAUGCUGAUUAAAAAAAUUAGUCAUUGUUAUAAAAUGGACUUUGACAUCAAAAUAUAAACAGCAAAAAAAAAUAUUUUGCACUAUUAUACAGACAAAAAAUCGAACACCAAACAAUUAAAAGUAUGUCUUGAAUAA